GCCAGCUCCGCCAUGGGAGCCGCCGCCGCCGCGCAGCGUCUGUGCUCCUCCCGCUCCUCCUCUUUCUCCUCCUCCUCCUCCUCCUCCUCCUCCUCCUCCAGGCUCCAGUCAGGCAGAUUCGCGGCGCUCCCGGAGAGCCAACUGAGAUAUAACUUACUGAUUUAUGUGGUCAUAUGGUGACAACUUACAAACAGUCAACUCUGCAACUUGAUGGGCGACAACCUUCUUCAAUCAAACAAUAAUUCAAAAAUGGCAGAACUCUUUAUGGAAUGCGAAGAAGAAGAACUGGAGCCCUGGCAGAAGAAAGUAAAAGAAGUUGAGGAUGAUGACGACGAUGAGCCCAUCUUUGUUGGAGAGAUAGCAAGUUCAAAACCAGCGAUUUCCAAUAUUUUGAACAGAGUUAAUCCCAGCUCAUAUUCAAGGGGAAUAAAGAAUGGCGCACUCAGUCGAGGUAUUACUACUGCAUUCAAGCCAACAAGUCAUCACUACCUGAACCCAUCAAAUCCAGUGGCUGCCUCACCUGUCAGUUUUCGUCCUGCUUCUAGAUCUUCAGAUAGCUCCACUAUUGUUCAGCCUUUUUCUAAACCUGUACUGUUUGACUUGACCCAGGAUACAGGAUUGUCGUGUUACCAAGGGGUGCCGACGCUAUCUGUAGCAGGUCUAAAUGACAGUUCAUUUUUAUCAAAACGUCCUUCUGUUUCUGAAGUAAAUAGUGUUAAUCCAAAAAAGCCUAAGCCUAAUGAGAGCACUGGAACAAACCCCUCCGCUGCAGUCCCUGCGGAGCCUCCUGCCCUGAUGUCUCCCCCAGAGGGGCCAUCCAAAGGUACAAAUACCUCCUCAGAUCAGUCUAAAAAUGGAACACCUUUUCCAAGAGCUUGUCCAAAGUGCAAUAUCCACUUCAACCUUCUGGAUCCUCUGAAAAAUCACAUGACGUAUUGUUGUCCAGACAUGAUAAAUAACUUUUUGGGAUUGGCUAAAACAGAAAUUUCAAGUCCAGCUCCGACCCUUGACUCAGAGAAAGGAAAAUUGAUCAUGCUGGUGGGUGAUUUUUACUACGGGAAGCAUGAAGGCGAUGUCCAGGAGGAGCAGAAGACCCACACGACCUUCAAGUGCUUCAGCUGCUUGAAGGUCCUGAAGAACAAUAUUAGGUUCAUGAACCACAUGAAGCACCACCUGGAGCUUGAGAAGCAGAGCAACGAGAGCUGGGAGAACCACACCACCUGCCAGCACUGCUACCGGCAGUUCCCCACCCCCUUCCAGCUGCAGUGCCACAUCGAGAGCACACACACGCCCCAUGAGUUUUCCACCAUUUGUAAAAUCUGUGAAUUAUCAUUUGAAACGGAACAUGUUCUUUUACAACAUAUGAAGGAUAAUCAUAAACCCGGAGAAAUGCCAUAUAUCUGCCAGGUGUGUAAUUACAGAUCAUCCUCCUUCUCUGAUGUAGAAGUGCAUUUUAGAACCUCCCAUGAAAACACCAAGAACCUGCUGUGUCCAUUUUGCCUCAAAGUUAUUAAAAUCGCAACACCAUACAUGCAUCAUUAUAUGAAGCAUCAGAAAAAAGGAAUCCAUCGCUGUACCAAAUGCAGGCUGCAAUUUUUGACAUGCAAGGAGAAGAUGGAUCACAAGACUCAGCAUCACCGAACAUUUGUGAAGCCCAAGCAGCUGGAAGGACUGCCUCCUGGGACAAAAGUCACCAUUCGAGCAUCCGUUGGACCUCUUCAGUCAGGAUCCUCAGCUGUACCUUCCAUCAGUGCCACCACCUCUGUCCUUCAGCUCUCACCUCCAAGGACUGAAAAUCCCUCCAAACUGAAUACAAAUAAACCUAAUGCAACCAAAUCUGAUGCAAAUAAACCCAAUGGGAGCAAGCCUGGUGGAAAUAAAUCUAAAUGCAAGGCAAAAAUUACUAAUAUGCAAAAGAAGCAGAGUGCAGGGGCUGAUGGCAGCAGGAAAAGUAAAGCCAACACAGCGCUGAGGAGCCUACGGUUACGCCAGGGCAUCCACGAGUGCAUUGAGUGUUCCUCUGAAAUAAAGGAUCUUGCAAACCACUUUCCUACAUACGUCCACUGUAGCUUUUGCAGAUAUAACACGAGCUGUAGCAAAGCCUACGUGAAUCAUAUGAUGAGCUUUCAUAGUAACCGUCCAAGUAAAAGGUUUUGUAUAUUUAAGAAGCAUUCAGAAAAUCUCAGGGGCAUUACUCUAGUGUGCCUUAAUUGUGGUUUCCUAACUGAUGUUUCUGGCUUAGAUAAUAUGGCUGCACACCUAAGUCAGCAUGCAACUCAUACUUGCCAAGUUCAAAUAGACAAAGUUUCUGUUUGUAUCCCAACUUCUGAACAUCUUUCUGACUUAAGAAUUGAAGCUCCCACUAAAAGACAAGAAUCCAUAUCCAAGGAAACAGCAAGAUGUAAUGUGACUGAAAGAAAAUCAGAAGCAUCAAGUUCUAAAAGUAAGCAAGAUAAAGCUGCUUUGUCCAGAGGAAAAAAUGGAUGUGAUGUAAGUCUGUCAGCAACAAAGACUAAAGAACCCAGAGCAGUUUUGGAUAAAGAGAGUGACACAGUUCAUGCCGAUGAGGCCGCUGGCACUAAGGAAAUCUUCAGCUUUGGUUCCAGUGUUGGUGCGAAGCACAUGGAAAAGGAGAAACCAAUGCUGCAUGCUCAUCAGGACAUGGAACUGAAGACCGACCAAUGUUCAGAAAACUUAGUUUCAUGUAAUCAAAGUCAAGAUCAAAACUCCAGUGGUGCUCAGCUUUCUUCCAAGAAUGCUAAAGAGUUGAGGCUAACAUCAGGUGAUGUCAGCAUUGAUCAGUUUUUAAGAAGAGAUGAACCCAAAUCUGUUAGUUCUGAUGUCAGUGAGCAAGGCAGUGUUCACUUGGAACCUCUGACGCCAUCAGAGGUACUUGAGCAUGAGGCCGAGAUCCUCCACAAAGGUGAUCCUUUAGUCAGCACUGAUGGCCCAGGGUCAGAUGAUGCAGGUCAUGUUCCUGGAGAAAACAGAUCCCAAACAAAGACAGCAGCAGACCUGGAGGAGGGAAGAAAAGAAAGCUGAGGCGAUCUAGUCACCCACAGUGUCCAUGAUCAUCAGAAAGCAUUCCGAGUUGUGCUGUCCAGCCAGCUCAGUGGUGCUGGGGUAGAAUUCAGAAGCAGGCAAGUGUGGAGAAGUCGUUCACACACUUUACCUGUAUGGCAAGCUUAUUAAAUCAAUCCACCAAGGAGAGCAUGAUGAGUAUGAAUUUCCAAGUUUUAAAAAGCUGAACAGAAUCCUAGUGAAGGCUUAGUUUGUCAUCCAAGGACCACAUUCAGUUUAAAUUUUUUUUUCUUUUUUUACUAUAAGAGGCAAGGUAGUGAAAAUGGGCAUGCCAGUGCCUCCAGCCACUGUCAACAAACUCCAGACACAUGUGCCACCUUGUGUAUCUCACUUAUGUGGGUACUGGGGAAUUAAACCUGGGUCCUCAGGGUUCACAGGCAAGCACCUUAGCUGCUAAGCCAUCUCUCCAGCUCAUUCACCUUUUGAAAAAAUGAGUGUUGGUCAUCAACAUGGAAUGGUUAUGAGAAUAUUAGUUUUAUUAAUAAAACGUUUCAAACUUAAAUUGGUCUUACACUUACCAUUCUUAUCCCUUUAUUUAAUGUGAAGGGAGAGUGGGGAAGCCAAGCACCUUCUGCCAGUAACAGAUACGGACAUGCUGCUGAGGAGGCCGACUUUGAAGAUGAUGCUGGUAAACGAAGCAUGCUUGAGUGCUGGGUUGACUUACUCGAUUUCAGCCUUCCUUUAACAUUCCAGUCUGUCAAAGCAUGUACACGGAAUAGAGUCUGUGCAUCUCCAUGCAAGUGUUAGCCUGCUGGGCUGUAAGCUUACCUUUAAACUUUCAGUGAAAGUGAAAUUGUUAAAAUAUAAAUUUAUAUAUGUGCUUUUGGUUAAUGAAUAAGCUGUGCAGAAUCUCCUUGGACAUCCGUUAUGGAAACUCCCGUAGCCAUUAUGCCUCUGCUGUUGUUUUAAUGAUCUGUAGCAAUAGACCCAUUCAGAUGGUCUGGAAGCCAAACCAAAGUAUGGUUGAAUGUAGAUACUGGAAGCAGUGACUGAGCACAUGUCCUCUGCCUGUGUUAACCAUGUUUAAGUGACUUUCCUUUCAUGUAAAAUAGGAACUUCAAGUGGGACCUCCAGCAAAGAAUAGGUUUUGGAAAUUAGCCUAAUUUAUCCAUAAGUUGGCUGCUAAAUUGAUAUUUCAAAUAUAGAAAUGAGUGACAUGACAACUGGUAAUUUGCUUUGAAGUACUAAUUUUAUUUAAGACGCUGCAGUUUUACUUCUUAAAAUGUGCUUUGAAUUCUUAAAUUUUGUUUCACUGAAUGUUAAGUGCUUUAAAUAGCAAUUUAAAAUUCUGCUGUAUACAGUAGUUU